CACACAGCAAACAGCACGCCCACAACAUGGACUUCAUUAACACCAUGUCCAACGAAGAGUCCGGCACUCCUCGUCGCCGGGGAGAAGCUGGAGAAUACUAUGAGGGCCGCCGUCAAGAAUACGGCGGCUCGGAGUACUCUGCAGAGGGCCGGCCCCCGUACGAGGGCGGCGGCGGCGAAUAUGGCGCUCCUCCGCCCCACCACCACCAUCACCAUGCUGAGGGGCAGGAAUAUGAGGGUCGAGGUGGUGGUGCGCCGCCGUAUCCCCAAGCCGGGGGACGUCCGCCUUAUGAGGGCGGUCGCCAGGAGUACGACGCCCCUUCGUAUGGCGGUGCCCGCCCACCCCACGAGGGCGCUCGCGCAGAGUACGGAGAGCCGCCUCACAGUGGUGGGCGACCGCCAUACGAAGGCGGUCGUGCUGAGUACGACGCCCCUCAGUAUGAGGGUGAAGGCCGCAGGCCGCCGUACGAGGGCGGUCGCGCGCAAUAUGAUGCGCCGCAGUAUUCCGGCGAAGGCCGCAGGCCCCAAAAUGAGGGUGGAGAGUACGGCGCCCCUCAUCGCAUCCCUGAGGGGGAGCCGCGAUAUGGCGGUGGCGACCAGUACGGUGCCCCUCAACGCCGGCCUGAGGCUGUUCCGUCGAACACUAGCGCUGGCGACCAGUACGGUGCUCCACAUAGCCGCCCUGAGGGGGCUCCACAAUAUGGCGGUGCAGAGCAGUACGGCGCGCCUCACCGCCGCCCUGAGGGUGACUCCGCGUACGCUAGCGGUGACCAAUAUGGCGCACCUCAACGCCGCCCCGAGGGAGAGCCGCCGUACGCGAGCUCCGGCGACCAGUACGGCGCCCCUCCCCACCGGGGCGCGGCGGGGGAUUACUAUGCUGGCGAUCGUCCGCAAGCCAGUCCCCCGCACUCCGGCGGUGGUGUUCCGCACCCUGGAGGCGGCAACCAGUAUGGGGGCCCGAGCCAACAUCCGGGCGGCGCACCUGCAUACCCAAGCGGUGGCAACCAGUACUCGCAGACUGGCGGGCAGCAGUACAACUCUCCUUCUCAUGUGGGCGCGGGGGGUCAGCCGCAAGGCCAGGGACACCCGCAGCUCAACCACGAGCAGGUGGCGAACACCGCCAGCCAGCAGAGUGGUGGUGACCCGUCCCUCUUCUCGUCUGCUUUGCAGCACGUCCAACAGCACCCGAGCGAGCACAGCCAGCCGAUCGACGAGCAGCACGUCCAGGACGCUCACAAGGCGGCGUACCAAGAGGGCAACGCGAGCAACCUCAGUGCCAGCUCCAUGGGCGGCGCUGCGGCGCUGCAGGCAAUGAAGAUGUUCACCUCGGGCGGUGGUGGUGGCGGCUCGGGCUCCUCGUCCGACCUCAUCAGCAUUGCGAUGUCUGAGGCAUCUAAGCUGUUUGACUCGUCUGGCGGUGCGGCGUCUGGCGGAAAGCAGGAAGCGGUCAACAGCGCUGCAAUGAUGGUUAUGAAAAUGCUCGUGCAGUCGAAAUUUAGUGGCGGAACUACGGGGGGCAGUAACAGCGGUGGCUUGAGUAGCCUCAUGGGUUUGGCAUCCAAGUUUUUGUAAUAAAGACAGUUGACGAAAAGCACGAGCCGUGUACCAACGUGAUUGCGUGAAAGAUAUUGAGUUACCCAUGUGUUUACCCUGUUGAAUUCAUGAUAUUCCCUUGCACCUUACUUGCCGUGCUAAA